AUGUACAUACACUCACAUUUACAGGCAUCUCAGUUACAUCAGGAGCGCAAUCAUGAUGGUAGGACUACUACGGCCCAGGCAUCACACUCAGGUACGCUAGGGGCAUGGGAUAGUUCUGGCGCUGCAUUACUUAAAGAUUUUACGGCCCUACGUCCACCAGAGUUUAGUGGUGGCGUCGAUGCGACAGAGGUCGAGAACUGGCUAUUGGCAGUGGAGAAGCAUUUGCGAUCUAUAGGCUGUGUAGAGGCCCACAGGGUUAGACUAGAGACUUUUCUGUUGCGAGGUGAUGCCGAGCGAUGGUGGGAAACCACCAGACAACGAUAUGGUGAUGAGGGCCUGACAUGGGCACAGUUUGUUGUAGCGUUCAAUAAGACCUAUGUACUUGCUUGGGUUAGAGAGCAAAAAGUAUUAGAGUUUAUCGAGUUGCAGUGGGGAAGCAAAACAGUCACACAGUAUGAGACUGAGUUUGUGAUGUUAUCUCGUUAUGCUCCAGAGUUAGUGACCCUUGAGUCUCGUAGAGUCAGCAAGUUCCAGAGGGGAUUGCGACCAGAGAUUCGUCACGCCAUGGUUGGUAUCGAGGCACCCGACUUUCCUGCAGCUGUCCAGCGGGCCCAUGCAGUGGAGCGGGACCGAUUGGAGGCUCGGUCGGACCAGUUAGUCAUGAAGGGCACAGGGAGCAACAGUAAGAAGAAGAAAUGA